ACCGGCGAUAGUGGUAAAGAACUCUAUUUCCCAGACGUCUUCACGUGAAAGACGACCGCCUUGACAGCGUUGGAAACCCAGGGAAGUGAAGCAGUGGUUAUUUCCAGUAGUUGAAUUGAAUUAAACACGCUACGAAAUGGACAACGUGGAUAAUUUAAUCAUAAGACUUUACGAAGUUCAAGCGGUGAAAUUUGGAACGUACAAGUUGAAGAGCGGCAUAACUUCACCCAUUUACUUUGAUCUCAGAGUAAUCGUUUCUUAUCCUUCGCUUAUGAAUCAGGUAUCAAGUCUGCUAUUCCAGUGUGCGGAGAACGCAGGACUUAAAUUUGACAAUGUGUGUGGCGUUCCCUACACGGCGCUCCCUUUGGCUACUGUCAUCUGCUCCAAGAAUGAAUUACCAAUGCUCAUUCGAAGAAAAGAAGCCAAGGAUUACGGAACCAAACGACUUGUGGAAGGCACCAUAAACCCAGGGGACACGUGUCUGAUCAUCGAGGACGUAGUAACCAGUGGCAGCAGCGUCCUGGAGACGGCGGAGAUUCUUCAGAAGGAGGGCCUGAAGGUGUCCGAUGCCAUCGUGCUCAUGGACCGGGAGCAGGGAGGCAGAGCCCGCCUGGCUCAGGAAGGAAUCCGCCUACACUCGGUCAUCUCGCUCUCCAGGCUCCUGGACGUCCUGCAGGCUGCCGAACGGAUCGACAGCGACAUGGCGCAGAGUGUCCGCACGUUCAUCCAGGAGAACAGCGUGGUCGCACCCCCGGGGCCGAACGGGCAGCCGGCUGCCAAGAAGGCCCAAUUGGAGCUGAGCUACAAGGCUCGGGCGGAACUUCCAGAAACUUCUCCCAUGGCCUCCCGGCUGCUGCGUCUGAUGGAGGAGAAGAGCAGCAACCUUUGCGUGUCGGCCGAUGUGACAGAGAGCGCGGAGCUACUGCGGCUGGCAGAUGAGCUGGGGCCGCUGAUCUGUGUGCUGAAGACGCACGUGGACAUUCUGCAGAACUUCACGUCCAGUGUCGCUGAUGAGCUCGGUCAGCUUGCGCUCAAACACCGCUUCCUCAUCUUCGAGGACCGAAAGUUCGCCGACAUCGGGAACACGGUCAAGCUGCAGUACGAGGGCGGGCUUUACCGAAUUUCCUCCUGGUCUCACAUCGUCAACGCCCAUGCGGUGCCCGGGCCGGGUGUGGUGCAGGGGCUCAGCGCAGUGGGAUGUGCCCUGGACCGGGGGUGUCUGCUCAUCGCGCAGAUGAGCUCCGCAGGGUCCUUAGCAAAGGGCGAUUACACUGAGUCUGUGGUUAGGAUGGCAGAAGAGCACUCUGACUUUGUCUUCGGGUUCAUCUGUGGAGGGAAGGUUAGCAGCAAACCACAGUUUGUACACAUGACUCCAGGGGUGCAGAUGCAUUCACAAGGAGAUUGCCUGGGCCAGCAGUAUUCCACUCCCAGCGAGGUGAUUGGCAAAAAGGGUUCUGAUGUCAUCAUUGUGGGACGAGGAAUUCUUGCAGCCUCAGACCGGCUGAAGGCUGCAGAAGACUACAGAAAAGCUGCCUGGGAAGCCUACCAGAACAGGCUGUCAUCACCCUGUCAAUGAAAAACCAAUGUAAUGAAACAACAAUAUUUACUGUGGUUUAAUGAUUCCCUCCGCAAUAAGGCUUAAUGUGUUUAAGGCUUAAGUUUUGGCUGCACUUUUCUAGCAACAGCCACAAAUACUUGUCUGGAGGUGAAUAUUUCUUGUGAUUCUGCCAGAUGAUCAAUUGUGAAUUUACUUUAGUUUUUUAUGCUGUCCAAAAGAAAAUCUAAUACAAAAAAAUAUAAAAAUAA